UCUGUAGAUGUGUCGGAGGAUUCUUCCAUCUCAAUGGCAAUAUGUGGGAACGUUGAAGGUGCUCAAACUGAGUCCUCAACGACAGAAGAAAAAACUUUGUCGACACAAAACUCUACAUCAUCCUUGAAAAGUGAAGAUCAAAUUGAAUUGAGAAAUAGGCACUUCAAACUGUACCUGGAUGCAGUGGAUGGUGAUUGGAACAGCGCUGAAAAAAUUUUCGAGGAAGAUAAAAUUGAUAUAACAGCUAUACUGUCAAAGAAAGGGGACACCGCUCUCCAUAUUGCAGCUGCAUGCGGGCGCACUGGUUUCGUGAAAAAGCUUCUUGAACAAAUGAAUAAAGAGGAUUUAGCUAUUGAAAAUAAUGCUGGCAACACGGCCUUUUUUCUUGCAGCUGCCUCUGGAAAAGUUGAAAUCGCCGAGGCUAUGAUGGAGAAGAAUGAAGACGUAGUAAAGAUUAGAGGAUUCAAUGAUAUGUUACCGCUUCACAAGGCAGCUAUGGCGGGAGACAAAGAGAUGGUAGAAUACCUUUAUGAAGCCACUGGAGAUGAGUUAUUAGAUGAUAAUGAUCGCUUCGAUUUGCUUGUCAAUCUGUUACACCUCGGUUUGUAUGACAUUGCGCUGGAUUUGGCGGAGAGGCACCCACAGGUAGCUCUUGCACGUGAUAAAAAUGAAGAGACAGCAUUGCAUCACUUGGCACGAAUAACUGCAUUAAGGCGUAGGAUCGAUUCAAGCCUAAUUAGAUUUUGCAAGAGAACAGCCUUCUUCCUGUAUAAUGAAGUAAAAAGAAACGUGAUAAAGACGUGUCACUCGGUGUUGGGAAAGCAACGAGUGAAGAAAAAGGAGGAACAGAAGGGCAAUGAGCUGGGCUUGAGGGAUCGGAUAAAACAGAGAGAGCAACGGAUGAAGCAACAGAGGAGGGAUGAGCUGAGCUUUUUUGUUGGGGCGAGCAACAGAGGACGGAUAAAACAGAAAGUAAGGAAUUGGAUUGCUGGGGCGAUACGUCAAGUCAUGUAUGCUGAUCAACAGAUUCCCGAUUCGGCUUUCGAGAUAGUCCGAUGCCUUUGGAAACAAGUUAUGCUUCUGGAUGAGUCCCAGAUUUUGGAAAUUGUUAGAAAACCUCACUCGCUGGUGCUCGAGGCAGCAAAACAAGGGAACCCUCGGUUUCUAAUGAUAAUUAUCCUUUCAUAUCCUGAUCUAGUGUAUGAAGUUGACGAAAAUAAUCACACCAUUUUUCAUUUCGCUGCUAUGUAUCGUCGCUUUUUCAUUCUCAAACAAAUUUAUCGCGUAGGUUUACUGAAGGAUUUUGUUGUUCAGAACAUAGAUAAAGAUGGGAACAACAUUUUGCAUUUGGCUGCAAAGUUGCCUCCAGCAGAUAGACCCGAUAAUGAAUCAGCUGCAUUACAUUAUCAAAUGGCUAGAGAGAUGUCUUUUUUUUGGAGAGUGGAGGACAUUUUGCAUCCGGUGGAUGCUGAAGCUAAAAAUAAAGAAGGGAAAACCCCUAGAGCUUUAUUUACUGAAGAGCACCGAGAGUUAAGGCAGAAAGCCGAGAGAUGGGUUAAGGACAUUGCAAAUGGAUGCAUUAUGGGGGCAACACUAAUUGCUACUGUGGUAUUUGCUGCAGCUUUCACAGUACCAGGUGGCAUCAAUGAUUCAGGGACUCCAAAUCUUGUCCGGAGAGUUUCCUUCAUAAUUUUUGCUAUAUCAGAUGCAAUAGCAUUACUGUUUUCCAUUUUCUCCGUACUAAUGUUCUUAACCGUUAUCUCCUCCCGAUACGAAGAAGCAGAUUUUGGUCGAUUAAUGUAUGAUUUGGGGGGGGGAUUAAACUUACUUAUCUUAGCAGUACAAGCAGUAAUGGUAAUGUUUUGCGCAACUAUGUUCCUGCUCUUCAACGAUGGACUACUCUGGGUUCCUAUUCUUGUUACGACAAUGGCUGUUUUGACAAGCUUCAGGUCCUUGGAGAAAUAUUUUGCUCACAAUGGAGAAGUAGCACAUCUCACCGGAAGUUUGUGAUUUUCCUUUAAAGGAAAAUCGAGUAGAAGUUCUCAACAUUGUCUAAAAUAUGAGAGUUUCAUGUUUUGACUCUCACUAUUCAAUUAUUUACAUAAUUGUUAUGAAGUAAAUGAGUCAGCCGGUGUUUCAGUGUUAAUUAUUUUGAUCACGACUGUUAUAGUUAAAAACUAAAAUGAGUUACAUAAUUAUAAGUGUUAUUUGAGUGAA